UUGAAGUCCAUUUUUUAAAGGAAAUUAUGGUUAAAAAAUCGAAUAAAAGAAAAAAUUCGGGGCCGGUUGAGGAGCAAAAAAAAGAUGUCGUUGUAAAGUCGGAUGAGGAGUCUGAAAGUGAUGACAAAAUUGUGGAAGAGGAUUUAUUACAGAAUGUUGGGGAACAGGAGGGAGACAGCACAGAUGAUGAAGGAAUAGAUCAAUCGUAUUUGUCUGAUGCUAGUGAUGAUUUGGAAUUUGAGAGCGACGAUGAUGGUAAUUUCAAAUCAAUAAAGUCGAAUGGCAAGAAAGAAGUCGUCGACGAUAGUGAUGAUAACGAUGCGGAUGGCGAAGAAGAGGAGGAAAUCGAUGAUGCCGACAUUGAAGAUAUUUCAUCCGGCGAUGAUGAAGAUGAUGAUGCUGAAGAAGAAGAUGAUGAAAGUGAUAGUGCUAAUGAAUUAGAAGAUUUGAAAAAAGCUGCAACAAUAAAGGAAGACGAAGAAAUUUUGAAUAAAAAGUCAAAAAGUAAAAUUGUUAAAAACACUAAAACAACGGAUUCAAAAGUUGCUACUGCCAUUGAGAAAUUUGAUGCCGAAUUAAAAAAGGAAAAGAAACCUAAAGGAUCUAAAAAAACUUCAAAAGUCGGUUCAGAAACUUACGAAGAAUAUGAAAAUUCGGAUACUUCGGAUGAAGAAGAUAUUAGGAAUACAGUAGGCAAUAUACCAAUGCAUUGGUAUGAUGAAUAUAAGCACAUUGGCUAUGAUUGGGAUGCCAAGAAAAUUAUUAAACCACCAAGAGGUGAUCAAAUCGAUGAUUUCUUGCGUAAAAUUGAAGAUCCUAACUUUUGGCGUACAGUUAGAGAUCCUCAAACUGGACAAGAAGUUGUUCUUACUGAUGCAGAUAUAGAACUUAUAAAACGCAUAAAUUCAUCUCGUGUUCCUAAUCCAGAUCACGAUGAGUAUCAACCAUGGAUAGAUUGGUUUACUUCGGAAGUUGAAAAAAUGCCAAUUAGGAAUGUGCCUGAUCACAAGAGAUCGUUUUUACCAUCUGUAUCUGAAAAGAAGAAAGUUGGUCGUAUGGUGCACGCUUUGAAAAUGGGCUGGAUGAAGACCAUCGAUGAAUUGGAGAAAGAAAAGAAAGCAAAACGUGGUCCCAAAUUUUAUAUGCUUUGGGAAACAGAUACCAGUCGUGAGGAGAUGCGGCGCAUACAUGAUCCCGUUUCAGCUCCUAAGCGUGAUUUACCAGGCCAUGCUGAAUCCUACAAUCCACCACCAGAAUACAUCUUUGAUGAAAAGGAACAAAAGGAGUGGCUAAAACUAAAGGAUGAGCCAUAUAAGCGCAAAUUACAUUUCAUGCCACAAAAAUUCUCUUCCUUGCGGGAGGUUCCUGCAUAUUCACGUUACCUGAGGGAACGUUUCUUGCGUUGUCUGGAUUUGUAUUUGUGUCCUAGAGCUAAGCGUGUUAAACUUAACAUUGAUGCGGAAUAUUUGAUUCCGAAGUUACCUUCACCAAAGGACCUACAGCCAUUCCCUACUGUCGAGAGUUUGGUUUACAGUGGACACACAGAUUUGGUACGAUCUGUUAGUGUUGAACCCAAAGGCGAAUAUAUCGUUUCUGGCUCUGAUGACAAAACUGUUAAAAUUUGGGAAAUUUGUACUGGACGUUGUAUACGUACCAUUGAAACUGAUGAUGUUGUACGCUGUGUAGCCUGGUGUCCAAAUGCUAAAUUAUCCAUUAUUGCUGUAGCUUCUGGCAAUCGUUUGUUGCUUAUUAAUCCUAAAGUUGGUGAUAAAAUGUUGGUUAAGAAGACGGAUGAUCUUUUGGCUGAAGCUCCACAGAAUGAUGCGUUGGAAAGUGAACGCAUUAAGACGGCCGUACAAUGGUCCACAGCCGAAGCUGAUGAACAGGAGAAGGGUGUACGUGUUGUAAUAACUCACUUUAAACCGAUACGUCAAGUAACUUGGCAUGGUCGAGGUGAUUACUUUGCCACAGUUAUGCCCGAGGGUGCCAAUCGUUCGGCUUUGAUACAUCAGCUCUCAAAAAGACGCUCUCAAAUACCAUUUGCAAAGAGCAAAGGUCUUAUACAGUGCGUGCUUUUCCAUCCAAUUAAGCCCUGCUUCUUUGUGGCUACGCAACAUAAUAUACGCAUCUAUGAUUUGGUUAAACAAGAAUUGGUGAAAAAACUACUGACCAACUCGAAAUGGAUUUCUGGUAUGUCUAUACAUCCAAAGGGUGACAACUUACUCGUGUCAACAUAUGAUAAGAAAAUGCUGUGGUUCGAUUUGGACUUGUCAACCAAGCCGUAUCAAACCAUGCGUCUGCAUAAGAAUGCUGUACGCAGUGUUGCGUACCAUUUACGUUAUCCAUUAUUUGCUUCCGGCAGUGACGAUCAAGCUGUUAUUGUUUCCCAUGGCAUGGUCUACAAUGACUUGUUGCAGAAUCCCUUGAUUGUUCCACUGAAAAAGUUGCAGACACACGAAAAACGCGAAGAAUUUGGAGUUUUAGAUGUUGUAUGGCAUCCUGUACAACCCUGGGUAUUUUCAACUGGUGCCGAUGGCACCAUAAGACUUUACACAUAGAUAAUAAAUACCUGUGUAUAUGUACUACCAUGUAAGAACGUUUUAUUUUAAGUUGUGCGUUUUCAUUUAUUUUUUUAAGAUUAAAAAAUACAACAAAACAAAAUAGGAAACCAAUAUGAAUGUCAAAUAGAAAUGAAAUUAUUUGUAAAAACGUA